AAAGCCAUGUGAAAUGGUAUAAGGUAUAAAAGCUAGCGUGAACAUGACCUAUUGGACAACAUCCCAGAACCGCAGCAAACCAACACCAUGGCCAAGAUCAUCUUCUACGAGGACAGGAACUUCCAGGGACGUUCCUAUGAGACCAGCUCUGACUGCCCUGAGUUGACCUCCUACCUGAGCAAGUGCAACUCCUGCAAGGUGGAGAGCGGCUGCUUCAUGGUGUACGACCGUUCCAACUUCCAGGGAAACCAGUACUUUGUGAGGAGAGGAGAGUACGAUGACCACCAGCGUAUGGGCAUGACCGACUCCGUUCGCUCUUGCCGUAUGAUUCCCAUGCACAAAGGACAGUUCAGGAUGCAGGUCUAUGAGAGAGAGAACUUCGGAGGUCAGAUGGACGAAGCGAUGGACGACUGCGAGUCUGUCCAGGAGCGCUACCGUAUGUCCGACUGCCAGUCCUGCAAAGUGAUGGACGGCCACUGGCUCAUGUACGAGCAGCCCCACUUCAGAGGCAGGCAGGUGUACGUGAGGCCUGGAGAGUACAGGAACCUCAGAGAGAUGGGAAACAGCUCCGUGAACAGAUACAGCUCCAUGAGACGUAUCAUGGAUUCCUGCGAGGGUCAGCGUCAUUGA